AUGGUAUCGGAAUACCGAAUUACCACCUCUCGAUCUCUAGUUCAUAGCAAUGGAAUGGGACAGGUUAACAACACUGCCGAUAAUAAUAAAAUUUGUAACUGCGGGGUUGCAGCGAGUCUACGAAGAGUUACUGCUGAUACAUAUAAUAAAGGACGUUUAUUUUGGGGUUGUCAUAAGAUUGGAACAGAUUUUGACAAUAGGUGUAAAUUCUUCGAAUGGGCUAAUAAAGAAAGCAGUAUAGAGGAGUCACCCAUUUCUCCUCUCAAAGCGCCUAAAUCUCAAGGACGCAAGAGAGCAGCACAAGACGAGGAUGAAGCAGAAGCAAAGGGGAGCAAUAGAGGGGGGGAAGAGGCUUGCGUUGUUGCUGAAACACUCAGCCCUCUACCGAAAAGCCGUAGAAUCACCGCUCCCACCGAGCUAGUCGAUCUUACGACACCACUGGUCGAUCUUACAACUCCACCCCGAACGCCUCAGAUCACGUCUUCUCCGGAUCAACGCACUACACUGUCUGUUACCUAUCAUUCAGAGACGUCAUUCAACUCACCCAUAGCACCGACCUCAUCAAUCCCAACCGAUCUUCUGGCUCAACUACAAGAAGCUCUACGUCAACGAGAGCUACUUGCUGUUCGAUACCGCAAGGAGCGUGACGAAGCGCGUGAAAAAUUGCAGGAAUUCAAGUUGAGAUCCGAACAGUCGAUGAGAGAAGCCGAGUUGGUGCAGCGGGAGAAUGGCAUCUUACGGAGAGAGCUCGACGUGCGACAGAGGGAGAAUUCGCUUUUGGAGAGACGAUUGUCGGUGGUUCGUGCGAAUAAGGGAUCAAACCAAAGGCCGAGAAUAUGA